UCUCCUUUGAUACGAGCAACUUCGAAGGGGAACUCUGUUUCUUCUUCUUCUUCUUCUUCUUAAUUGGGGAAAACGAAUUGAUCCGAGGCUCUCAAACUCUCGUGAGUGCAAUUUCUCGUUCUAUCGGAUCGUCUUGAUCGGGUCGUCGAUUUUAGGGUUUUGUGAAAUCGUGCGUUUGAUUUUAGUUAUGGGCACUGGUCAUUUCGUGUCGAUUGUCUCUCCCCUUCUCUGUUAGACAUUCUAGGGUUCCAAAGAUUUGAUUUUCAUAUAAAAAAGUUCAGUAAAUAGUUGAUUUUGAUGUUAAAACGUUCAAAAAUAAUUGAUUUUGAUAUUAAAAUGUUCAAAAAGAUUUGAUUUUGAUUAUAAAACAGUCUAAUUCCUGUCUUGUUUACUCGUUAAUGCAGGUUUUCUUUUUAUAACCAUUGCACAUUGCCAUAGCUUUGAAUAAAGGAUUAGUCUUUCGGUUUAUCUAUAAAGCUUAAUGGAACACUUGUUUUGGUGAAAAGUGUCCUUCCUCUUACUUGAUUUUUGUGCUUUCACUGUAUCUGAAAAUAAUGGAGUGGAGGGGAAUCCUCUGCUCUCUCUUCUUUAUUCUUUCCGUGGGAGAGUCCUCAAGUAGAUUCAGGAUCAUGUGGCUUCCUAACCUUGGUGGUGUUGAUUUUGUUGCUGGAACAUACUUCACUUGGCCAAUCUUAAGCGCCAGUGUUUUCGUCGCUGUUGCCUUCCUCCUCUCCAUGUAUCUCAUCUUUCAACACCUUGCUUCUUAUAACCAGCCUGAGGAACAGAAGUUUCUUAUUGGACUUAUUCUGAUGGUCCCUGUAUAUGCCCUGGAAUCGUUUCUGUCUUUGGUGAAUUCAGAAGCAGCUUUUAACUGCGAGGUGAUUAGGGAUUGUUAUGAAGCCUUUGCCCUCUACUGCUUUGAGAGAUAUAUGAUAGCUUGCCUAGAUGGAGAAGAAGGUACGAUUGAAUUCAUGGAACAGCAGACAGUGAUCACCCAGACCACUCCUCUUCUCGAAGGCACCUGUUCUUAUAAAGUCGUGGAGCAUCCUUUUCCAAUGAACUGCUUCCUUAAAGACUGGAAUCUUGGUCCUCAGUUCUAUCAUGCUGUCAAAAUUGGCAUUGUUCAAUAUAUGAUACUGAAAAUGAUCUGUGCUCUAUUAGCAAUGCUCCUUGAAGCCUUUGGAGUUUAUGGAGAAGGGAAGUUCCAAUGGAACUACGGGUAUCCAUAUCUGGCUGUAGUCCUGAACUUCAGUCAAACAUGGGCACUGUAUUGCCUUGUACAGUUCUAUAAUGUCAUCAAAGACAAGCUAGCACCCAUCAAACCAUUGGCCAAGUUCUUAACGUUCAAGUCUAUUGUAUUCCUCACCUGGUGGCAAGGCAUCAUCGUCGCGUUCCUCUUCUCCAUGGGGCUUUUCAAAGGGUCGUUGGCUAAGGAGCUUAAAACGAGAAUACAAGACUACAUCAUCUGCAUUGAGAUGGGUGUUGCUGCUGUGGUUCAUCUCUACGUCUUCCCAGCGGCUCCGUACAAGCGUGGAGAGAGAUGCGUCCGUAACGUGGCGGUGAUGUCGGAUUACGCCUCUAUAGACACGCCUCCUGACCCGGAAGAGGUUAAAGACAGCGAGAGGACGACUAGGAUACGGUACGGGAGACAUGAUGACGAGAGCGAGAAGCGGUUGAACUUCCCGCAGAGCGUGCGUGAUGUGGUGAUGGGGAGCGGGGAGAUCAUUGCCGAUGACAUGAGGUUCACGGUGUCUCACGUGGUGGAGCCGGUCGAGAGAGGGAUAGCGAAGAUAAACAGAACGUUCCAUCAGAUAUCUGAAAACGUGAAAAGGUUUGAGCAGCAGAAGAAGAAGAAGGGAAAGACGAAGGAUGACUCGUAUGUGAUUCCACUGAAUCCAUGGACGAGAGAGGUUCGUGAGAAUCUCCAUGAAGGAGGGAGUGUGAGUGACAGCGGUUUAGGAAGCACAACAAAGCGGCAUCACCACGAGUCUAGUAUCUCGGGACUGUGGACUAGAAUGCGAAGGUGAACACACACACACAGUUCUGAAGAUGCAUGCCUUGCUUUUUGAAAGUCUUCCAUCUUCGUGAUCACUUAACAAAGAAGCUUGUAGAUGUUAUGAGAUGAUGCUAACUAGUAGCUAGUUUUCUCUCACUCUUUUAUACAAAACUUUAUCGAGAUGUUGGAAUCUGUAUUCCGUUAAUGACAGAUUGCUUACACAAAAAAAAAAAAUAUUGUGAAAAAAGAAUCUUAUCCUA